AUGAUAUCUAAUAAAAAGAGAGGCAAUGAAGAUCUUCAAAUACAGAACGACACUGCAAUUCAAAAGAAAAAGAAGAAAACUAGUUAUGAAAGAAAAAGAGAUGGUGCUCAAAAAUUCUAUAAAGCGUUAAAAGAUCAUUUAUUGGAUAGAUAUUUAGUUUGUGAAAAAGAAGAAGUAGUUGAUGUCACCAUCUUUGAAAAAGGUGUCUUUAUUAGCAGUUUAAGGUCACAGUUUCCAAAAUAUGAUUGCCACAGUGAUAUGACUAUCACAAGUUAUAUCAAUGAGUUAAACAAUCAUUGUAAUACGAAUGUGCAAAGUAUGCAUGAUGAUGGUAGUAAGUCUAAUCACUCAAGAACUUUAGACAUCGUUACUGAUGAUAAUCUAACUGUUGAGCCAACUCGCAACAAUGCCAUUGGCAAAGUGAAAGAUACCAGCUUAUAUCCACUAUUCAAGGAAUCGAUAGAAAUUAAAGAUCGCAUAUCGUGUGUUGAACCAUUUCUAUUUGAUAUCUUUGAGAAAUUGAUUGAAUCUUUCAUAACAUUGAUAAAUAUGUCUGUCCCUGUAUUCUUUGAUCUCUCGGCCACAACCGAAUCAUCAUCAAAUACAACAACAACAACAACAACACCAUCAUCAACUACAUCAACGACAAUAGACGAUGAUAAAAUAGUUCAACCAUUACGAUAUGAAGAGAAAGGAUUACUAUUUAAAGAGGAUGGUACAAGUUGUCCUGUCACACAAAGAUAUAUUUAUUGUUACGAGCAUGAGAAGAUCAAAGUCUAUUUCGAUGGAAACCCACCAACACGGUUGUUACACUCUUUGGAUUUCGUUAAUUCUGCGCUUGCCACAGGACACCAUUGGUGUCCACCCGACAACUACGAUGCUACCUAUGAAUUUGUAUCUUCAUCGGAAUUCAAACUUACAUACUGCGUACAAGGUCCAAAGAAGAAUUACAGAAUGAUUACCACUUUUAAAAGAGGAGCAACUACAGAUUAA